AUGCUGUUGUUGUAUCUGUUCUGGGCUGGGCCGGGCCGAUUCCUACCCGCUGCUUGGACAGCUCGCCUUGGCGGAAAUGCUGUUGUUGUAUCUGUUCUGGGCUGGGGCCGGGCCGAUUCCUACCCGCUGCUUGGACAGCUCGCCUUGGCGGAAAUGCUGUUGUUGUAUCUGUUCUGGGUGGGCCGGGCCGAUUCCUACCUGCUGCUUGGACAGCUCGCCUUGGCGGAAAUGCUGUUGUUGUAUCUGUUCUGGGCUGGGCCGGGCCGAUUCCUACCCGCUGCUUGGACAGCUCGCCUUGGCGGAAAUGCUGUUGUUGUAUCUGUUCUGGGCUGGGCCGGGCCGAUUCCUACCCGCUGUUUGGACAGCUCGCCUCGGCGGAAAUGCUGUUGUUGUAUCUGUUCUGGGCUGGGCCGGGCCGAUUCCUACCCGCUGCUUGGACAGCACGUCUUGGCGGAAAUGCUGUUGUUGUAUCUGUUCUGCGCCGGGCCGGGCCGAUUCCUACCCGCUGCUUGGACAGCUCGCCUUGGCGGAAAUGCUGUUGUUGUAUCUGUUCUGGGCCGGGCCGGGCCGAUUCCUACCCGCUGCUUGGACAGCUCGCCUUGGCGGAAAUGCUGUUGUUGUAUCUGUUCUGGGUCGGGCCAGGCCGAUUCCUACCCGCUGCUUGAUCGCCUUGGCGGAAAUGCUGUUGUUGUAUCUGUUCUGGGUGGGCCGGGCCGAUUCCUACCUGCUGCUUGGACAGCUCGCCUUGGCGGAAAUGCUGUUGUUGUUGUUCUGUUCUGGGCUGGGCCAGGCCGAUUCCUACCCGCUGCUUGGACAGCUCGCCUUGGCGGAAAUGCUGUUGUUGUAUCUGUUCUGGCUCGCCUUGGCGGAAAUGUUGUUGUAUCUGUUCUGGGUUGGGCCGGGCCGAUUCCUACCCGCUGCUUGGACAGCUCGCCUUGGCGGAAAUGCUGUUGUUGUAUCUGUUCUGGGCUGGGCCGGGCCGAUUCCUACCCGCUGCUUGGACAGCUCGCCUUGGCGGAAAUGCUGUUGUUGUAUCUGUUCUGGGCUGGGCCGGGCCGAUUCCUACCCGCUGCUUGGACAGCUCGCCUUGGCGGAAAUGCUGUUGUUGUAUCUGUUCUGGGUCUGGCCAGGCCGAUUCCUACCCGCUGCUUGGACAGCUCGCCUUGGCGGAAAUGCUGUUGUUGUAUCUGUUCUGGUCGGGCCAGGCCGAUUCCUACCCGCUGCUUGGACAGCUCGCCUUGGCGGAAAUGCUGUUGUUGUAUCUGUUCUGGGUCUGGGCCGGGCCGAUUCCUAUCCGCUGCUUGGAUAGCUCGCCUUGGCGGAAAUGCUGUUGUUGUAUCUGUUCUGGGUCGGGCCAGGCCGAUUCCUACCCGCUGCUUGGACAGCUCGCCUUGGCGGAAAUGCUGUUGUUGUAUCUGUUCUGGGCUGGGCCGGGCCGAUUCCUACCUGCCGCUUGGACAGCUCGCCUUGGCGGAAAUGCUGUUGUUGUAUCUGUUCUGGGCUGGGCCGGGCCGAUUCCUACCCGCUGCUUGGACAGCUCGCCUUGGCGGAAAUGCUGUUGUUGUAUCUGUUCUGGGUCGGGCCAGGCCCCUGAUUCCUCGCCUUGGCGGAAAUGCUGUUGUUGUAUCUGUUCUGGGCUGGGCCGGGCCGAUUCCUACCGCUGCUUGGACAGCUCGCCUUGGCGGAAAUGCUGUUGUUGUAUCUGUUCUGGGCUGGGCCGGGCCGAUUCCUACCCGCUGCUUGGACAGCUCGCCUUGGCGGAAAUGCUGUUGUUGUAUCUGUUCUGGGCCGGGCCGGGCCGAUUCCUACCCGCUGCUUGGACAGCUCGCCUUGGCGGAAAUGCUGUUGUUGUAUCUGUUCUGGGCUGGGCCGGGCCGAUUCCUACCCGCUGCUGGACGGCUCGCCUUGGCGGAAAUGCUGUUGUUGUAUCUGUUCUGGGCUGGGCCGGGCCGAUUCCCACCCGGUUUGGACAGCUCGCCUUGGCGGAAAUGCUGUUGUUGUAUCUCCUGGGCCGGGCCGAUUCCCUACCCGCUGCUUGGACAGCUCGCCUUGGCGGAAAUGCUGUUGUUGUAUCUGUUCUGGGUCGGGCCAGGCCGAUUCCUACCCGCUGCUUGGACAGCUCGCCUUGGCGGAAAUGCUGUUGUUGUAUCUGUUCUGGGUCGGGCCAGCUGCUUGGACAGCUCGCCUUGGCGGAAAUGCUGUUGUUGUAUCUGUUCUGGGCUCGGGCCAGGCCGAUUCCUACCCGCUGCUUGGACAGCUUGCCUUGGCGGAAAUGCUGUUGUUGUAUCUGUUCUGGGUCGGGCCAGGCCGAUUCCUAACCGCUGCUUGGAUAGCUCGCCUUGGCGGAAAUGCUGUUGUUGUAUCUGUUAUGGGCUGGGCCAGGCCGAUUCCUACCCGCUGCUUGGACAUCUUGCCUUGGCGGAAAUGCUGUUGUUGUAUCUGUUCUGGGCUGGGCCGGGCCGAUUCCCGCUGCCCGCUGCUUGGACAGCUCGCCUUGGCGGAAAUGCUGUUGUUGUAUCUGUUCUGGGCUGGGCCGGGCCGAUUCCUACCUGCCGCUUGGACAGCUCGCCUUGGCGGAAAUGCUGUUGUUGUAUCUGUUCUGGGUCGGGCCAGGCCGAUUCCUACCCGCUGCUUGGACAGCUCGCCUUGGCGGAAAUGCUGUUGUUGUAUCUGUUCUGGGCUGGCCGCCGAUUUCCUACCCGCUGUUUGGACAGCUCGCCUUUCCCUGGCGGAAAUGCUGUUGUUGUAUCUGUUCUGGGUCGGGCCAGGCCGAUUCCUACCGCUGCUUGGACAGCUCGCCUUGGCGGAAAUGCUGUUGUUGUAUCUGUUCUGGGCUGGGCCGGGCCGAUUCCUACCCUUGCUGCUCGCCUGGACAGCUCUGGGCCUUCCUACCCGGCGGAAAUCGCUGUUGUUGUAUCUGUUCUGGGCUGGGCCGGGCCGAUUCCUACCCGCUGCUUGGACAGCUCGCCUUGGCGGAAAUGCUGUUGUUGUAUCUGUUCUGGGUCUGGGCCGGGCCGAUUCCUACCCGCUGCUUGGACAGCUCGCCUUGGCGGAAAUGCUGUUGUUGUAUCUGUUCUGGGCUGGGCCGGGCCGAUUCCUACCCGCUGCUUGGACAGCUCGCCUUGGCGGAAAUGCUGUUGUUGUAUCUGUUCUGGGUCGGGCCAGGCCGAUUCCUACCCGCUGCUUGGACAGCUCGCCUUGGCGGAAAUGCUGUUGUUGUAUCUGUUCUGGGCUGGGCCGGGCCGAUUCCUACCGCUGGCUCGAUUGGCGGAAAUGCUGUUGUUGUAUCUGUUCUGGGCUGGGCCAGGCCGAUUCUUGGACAGCUCGCCUUGGCGGAAAUGCUGUUGUUGUAUCUUUUCUGGGUCCGGGCCAGGCCGAUUCCUACCCGCUGCUUGGACAGCUCGCCUUGGCGGAAAUGCUGUUGUUGUAUCUGUUUGGGGUUGGGCUGGGCCGAUUCCUACCCGCCUGUUCUGGGCUGGGCUUCCUACCGCUGGGACAGCUCGCCUUGGCGGAAAUGCUGUUGUUGUAUCUGUUCUGGGCUGGGCCGGGCCGAUUCCUACCCGCUGCUUGGACAGCUCGCCUUGGCGGAAAUGCUGUUGUUGUAUCUGUUCUGGGCUGGGCCGGGCCGAUUCCUACCCGCUGCUUGGACAGCUCGCCUUGGCGGAAAUGCUGUUGUUGUAUCUGUUCUGGGUCGGGCCAGGCCGGAUUCCUACCCGCUGCUUGGACAGCUCGCCUUGGCGGAAAUGCUGUUGUUGUAUCUGUUCUGGGUCGGGACGGGCCGAUUCCUACCUGCUGCUUUGGACAGUUCUCGCCUUGGCGGAAAUGCUGUUGUUGUAUCUGUUCUGGGCUUCUCGCCUUGGCGGAAAUGCUGUUGUUGUAUCUGUUCUGGGCUGGGCCAGGCCGAUUCCUACCCGCUGCUUGGACAGCUCGCCUUGCGGAAAUGCUGUUGUUGUAUCUGUUCUGGGCUGGGCCGGGCCGAUUCCUACCCGCUGCUUGGACAGCUCGCCUUGGCGGAAAUGCUGUUGUUGUCUGUUCUGGGCUGGGCAGGCCGAUUCUACCCGCUGCUUGGACAGCUCGCCUUGGCGGAAAUGCUGUUGUUGUAUCUGUUCUGGGCUGGGCCGGGCCGAUUCCUACCGCUGCUUGGACAGCUCGCCUUGGCGAUUGUUGUUGUAUCUGUUCUGGGCUGGGCCGGGCCGAUUCCUACCCGCUGCUUGGACAGCUCGCCUUGGCGGAAAUGCUGUUGUUGUAUCUGUUCUGGGCUGGGCCGGGCCGAUUCCUACCGCUGCUUGGACAGCUCGCCUUGGCGGAAAUGCUGUUGUUGUAUCUGUUCUGGGCUGGGCCGGGCCGAUUCCCGCUGUUUGGACAGCUCGCCUUGGGUCGCGGAAAUGCUGUUGUUGUAUCUGUUCUGGGCCAGGCCGGGCCGGAAAUGUGCUUGGAUGCUCGCCUUGUUGUUGUAUCUGUUCUGGGCUGGGCCGGGCCGAUUCCUACCCGCUGCUUGGACAGCUCGCCUUGGCGGAAAUGCUGUUGUUGUAUCUGUUCUGGGCUGGGCCGGGCCGAUUCCUACCCGCUGCUGGACAGCUCGCCUUGGCGGAAAUGCUGAUUCCUGGGCCGGGCCGCCUGCUUGGACAGCUCGCCUUGGCGGAAAGGCUGUUGUUGUAUCUGUUCUGGGCUGGGCCGUGCCGAUUCCUACCCGCUGCUUGGACAUCUCGCCUUGGCGGAAAUGCAGUUGUUGUAUCUGUUCUGGGUCGGGCCAGGCCGAUUCCUACCCGCUGCUUGGACAGCUCGCCUUGGCGGAAAUGCUGUUGUUGUAUCUGUUCUGGGCUGGGCCGGGCCGAUUCCUACCCGCUGCUUGGACAGCUCGCCUUGGCGGAAAUGCUGUUGUUGUAUCUGUUCUGGGUCGGGCCAGGCCGAUUCCUACCCGCUGCUUGGACAGCUCGCCUUGGCGGAAAUGCUGUUGUUGUAUCUGUUCUGGGCUGGGCCGGGCCGAUUCCCUACCCGCUGUUGGACAGCUCGCGGAAAUGCUGUUGUUGUAUCUGUUCUGGGUCGGGCCAGGCCGUUCCUACCCGCUGCUUGGACAGCUCGCCUUGGCGGAAAUGCUGUUGUUGUAUCUGUUCUGGGCUGGGCCGGGCCGAUUCCUACCCGCUGCUUGGACAGCUCGCCUUGGCGGAAAUGCUGUUGUUGUAUCUGUUCUGGGCUGGGCCGGGCCGAUUCCUACCCGCUGCUUGGACAGCUCGCCUUGGCGGAAAUGCUGUUGUUGUAUCUGUUCUGGGGGUCCAGGCCGGGCCGAUUCCUGUUGUUGUAUCUUUUCUGCUGGGCCGACAGCUCGCGCUUGGCGGAAAUGCUGUUGUUGUAUCUGUUCUGGGUCUGGGCCGGGCCGAUUCCCCACCCGCUGCUUGGACCCGCCUGCUUGCUGUUGGACACCCCUGCUUGGACAGCUCGCCUUGGCGGAAAUGCUGUUGUUGUAUCUGUUCUGGGCUGGGCCGGGCCGAUUCCUACCCGCUGCUUGGACAGCUCGCCUUGGCGGAAAUGCUGUUGUUGUAUCUGUUCUGGUCGGGCCAGGCCGAUUCCUACCCGCUCCCUCGCGCUGCUUGGACAGCUCGCCUCACCUGGCGGAAAUGCUGUUGUUGUAUCUGUUCUGGGUCUGGGCCGAGCCGAUUCCUACCCGCUGCUUGGACAGCUCGCCUUGGCGGAAAUGCUGUUGUUGUAUCUGUUCUGGGUCUGGGCCGGGCCGAUUCCUACCCGCUGCUUGGACAGCUCGCCUUGGCGGAAAUGCUGUUGUUGUAUCUGUUCUGGGCUCGGGCCGGGCCGAUUCCCUUGGCGGAAAUGCUGCUGUUCUUGGACAGGGCCGAUUUCCUACCCGCUGCUUGCCGCCUUGGCGGAAAUGCUGUUGUUGUAUCUGUUCUGGGCUGGGCCGGGCCGAUUCCUACCCGCUGCUUGGACAGCUCGCCUUGGCGGAAAUGCUGUUGUUGUAUCUGUUCUGGGCUGGGCCGGGCCGAUUCCUACCUGCUGCUUGGACAGCUCGCCUUGGCGGAAAUGCUGUUGUUGUAUCUGUUCUGGGCUGGGCCGGGCCGAUUCCUAACCGCUGCUUGGACAGCUCGCCUUGGCGGAAAUGCUGUUGUUGUAUCCUGUUCUGGGCUGGGCCGGGCCGAUUCCUCGCUGGGCUUGGACAGCUCGCCUUGGCGGAAAUGCUGUUGUUGUAUCUGUUCUGGGUCGGGCCGGGCCGAUUCCUACCCGCUGCUUGGACAGCUCGCCUUGGCGGAAAUGCUGUUGUUGUAUCCUUUUCUGGGUCGGGCCAGGCCGAUUCCUACCAGCUCGCCUUGGCGAAAUGCUGUUGUUCUCGCCUUGGCGGAAAUGCUGUUGUUGUAUCUGUUCUGGGCUGGGCCGGGCCGAUUCCUACCCGCUGCUUGGACAGCUCGCCUUGGCGGAAAUGCUGUUGUUGUAUCUGUUCUGGGCUGGGCCGUGCCGAUUCCGGGCCGAUACCCGCUGUUUGGACAGCUCGCCUUGGCGGAAAUGCUGUUGUUGUAUCUGUUCUGGGUCUGGGCCAGGCCGAUUCCUACCCGCUGCUUGGACAGCUCGCCUUGGCGGAAAUGCUGUUGUUGUAUCUGUUCUGGGCUGGGCCGGGCCGAUUCCUACCCGCUGCUUGGACAGCUCGCCUUGGCGGGAAAUGCUGUUGUUGUAUCUGUUCUGGGUCCGGGCCGGGCCGAUUCCCUACCGCUGCUUGGACAGCUCGCCCUUGGCGGAAAUGCUGUUGUUGUAUCCGUUCUGGGCUGGGCCGGGCCGAUUCCUACCGCUGCUUGGACAGCUCGCCUUGGCGGAAAUGCUGUUGUUGUAUCUGUUCUGGGCUGGGCCGGGCCGAUUCCGCUGCCCAGCUGCUUGGACAGCUCGCCUUGGCGGAAAUGCUGUUGUUGUAUCUGUUCUGGGCUGGGCCGGGCCGAUUCCUACCCGCUGCUUGGACAGCUCGCCUUGGCGGAAAUGCUGUUGUUGUAUCUGUUCUGGGCUGGGCCGGGCCGAUUCCUACCCGCUGCUUGGACAGCUCGCCUUGGCGGAAAUGCUGUUGUUGUAUCUGUUCUGGGCUGGGCCAGGCCGAUUCCCCCGCUACCCGCUGCUUGGACAGCUCGCCUUGGCGGAAAAUGUUGUUGUAUCUGUUCUGGGUCGGGCCAGGCCGAUUCCUACCCGCUGCUUGGACAGCUCGCCUUGGCGGAAAUGCUGUUGUUGUAUCUGUUCUGGCUCGGGCCGGGCCGAUUCCUACCCGCUGCUUGGACAGCUCGCCUUGGCGGAAAAUGCUGUUGUUGUAUCUGUUCUGGGCUGGGCCGGGCCGAUUCCUACCGCUGCUUGGACAGCUCGCCUUGGCGGAAAUGCUGUUGUUGUAUCUGUUCUGGGUCGGGCCGUGCCGAUUCCCUACCGCUGCUUGGACAGCUCGCCUUGGCGGAAAUGCUGUUGUUGUAUCUGUUCUGGGCUGGGCCGGGCCGAUUCCUACCCGCUGCUUGGACAGCUCGCCUUGGCGGAAAUGCUGUUGUUGUAUCUGUUCUGGGUCGGGCCAGGCCGAUUCCUACCCGCUGCUUGGACAGCUCGCCUUGGCGGAAAUGCUGUUGUUGUAUCUGUUCUGGGCUGGGCCGUGCCGAUUCCUACCGCUGCUUGGACAGCUCGCCUUGGCGGAAAUGCUGUUGUUGUAUCUGUUCUGGGUCGGGCCAGGCCGAUUCCUACCCGCUGCUUGGACAUCUGUUCUGGGUCGGGCCGGGCCGAUUCCCCUGCCUCGCCUUGGCGGAAAUGCUGUUGUUGUCAUUCCCUACCUGCUGCUUGGACAGCUCGCCUUGGCGGAAAUGCUGUUGUUGUAUCUGUUCUGGGGCGGGCCGGGCCGAUUCCUACCCGCUGCUUGGACAGCUCGCCUUGGCGGAAAUGCUGUUGUUGUAUCUGUUCUGGGUCCGGGCUGGGCCGAUUCCGACCCGCUGCUUGGACAGCUCGCCUUGGCCUGCCUGCUGCUUGGACAGGCCAGGCCGAUUCCUACCCGCUGCUUGGACAGCUCGCCUUGGCGGAAAUGCUGUUGUUGUAUCUGUUCUGGGUCGGGCCGGGCGAUUGUUACCCGCUGCUUGGACAGCUCGCCUUGGCGGAAAUGCUGUUGUUGUAUCUGUUCUGGGCCGGGCCGGGCCGAUUCCUACCCGCUGCUUGGACAGCUCGCCUUGGCGGAAAUGCUGUUGUUGUAUCUGUUCUGGGCUGGGCCGGGCCGAUUCCUACCCGCUGCUUGGACAGCUCGCCUUGGCGGAAAUGCUGUUGUUGUAUCUGUUCUGGGCUGGGCCGGGCCGAUUCCUACCCGCUGUUUGGACAGCUCGCCUCGGCGGAAAUGCUGUUGUUGUAUCUGUUCUGGGCUGGGCCGUGGCCGAUUCCUACCAGCUGCUUGGACAGUUGCCUUGGCGGAAAUGCAGUUGUUGUAUCUGUUCUGGGCUGGGCCGGGCCGAUUCCUACCCGCUGCUUGGACAGCUCGCCUUGGCGGAAAUGCUGUUGUUGUAUCUGUUCUGGGCUGGGCCGGGCCGAUUCCUACCCGCUGCUUGGACAGCUCGCCUUGGCGGAAAUGCUGUUGUUGUAUCUGUUCUGGGUCGGGCCAGGCCGAUUCCUACCAACUGCUUGGACAGCUCGCCUUGGCGGAAAUGCUGUUGUUGUAUCUGUUCUGGUCUGGGCCGGGCCGAUUCCUACCGCUGCUUGGACAGCUCGCCUUGGCGGAAAUGCUGUUGUUGUAUCUGUUCUGGGCGGGCCAGGCCGAUUCCUACCCGCUGCUUGGACAGCUCGCCUUGGCGGAAAUGCUGUUGUUGUAUCUGUUCUGGGCUGGGCCGGGCCGAUUCCUACCAGCUGCUUGGACAGCUCGCCUUGGCGGAAAUGCUGUUGUUGUAUCUGUUCUGGGUCGGGCCAGGCCGAUUCCUACCCGCUGCUUGGACAGCUCGCCUUGGCGGAAAUGCUGUUGUUGUAUCCGUUCUGGGCUGGGCCGGGCCGAUUCCUACCUGCUGCUUGGACAGCUUCGCCUCGCCUUGGCGGAAAUGCUGUUGUUGUAUCUAUCUGUUCCGUUCUACCCGGGAUAGCUCGCCUUGGCGAAAUGCUGUUGUUGUAUCUGUUCUGGUUCGGGCCGGGCCGAUUCCUACCCGCCCGCUUGGACAGCUCGCCUUGGACAAUGCUGUUGUUGUAUCUGUUCUGGGCUGGCCGGGCCGAUUCCUACCGGAAAUGCCUGUUGUUGUAUCUGUUCUGGGCUUGGGCCAGGCGAUUCCUACCCGCUGCUUGGACAUCUCGCCUUGGCGGAAAUGCUGUUGUUGUAUCUGUUCUGGGUCGGGCCAGGCCGAUUCCUACCCGCUGCUUGGACAGCUCGCCUUGGCGGAAAUGCUGUUGUUGUAUCUGUUCUGGGCUGGGCCGGGCCGAUUCCCUACCCGCUGCUUGGACAGCUCGCCUUGGCGGAAAUGCUGUUGUUGUAUCUGUUCUGGGGCCGGGCCUGGCCGAUUCCUACCCGCUGCUUGGACAGCUCGCCCUUGGCGGAAAUGCUGUUGUUGUAUCUGUUCUGGGCUGGGCCGGGCCGAUUCCUACCCGCUGCUUGGACAGCCUGCCUUGGCGGAAAUGCUGUUGUUGUAUCCGUUCUGGGCUGGGCCGGGCCGAUUCCUACCGCUGCUUGACAGCUCGCCUUGGCGGAAAUUGGACAGCUCGGCCAGCCGAUUCCUACCCGGAAAUGCAGUUGUUGUAUCUGUUCUGGGCCGGGCCAGGCUGAUUCUAACCUGCUGCUUGGACAGCUCGCCUUGGCGGAAAUGCUGUUGUUGUAUCUGUUCUGGGCUGGGCCGGGCCGAUUCCUACCUGCUGCUUGGACAGCUCGCCUUGGCGGAAAUGCUGUUGUUGUAUCUGUUCUGGGACAGGCCAGGCCGAUUCCACCCGCUGCUUGGACAGCUCGCCUUGGCGGAAAUGCUGUUGUUGUAUCUGUUCUGGGUCGGGCCGGGCCGAUUCCUACCCUGCUGGACUUGGACAGCUCGUUCCUGGCGGAAAUGCUGUUGUUGUAAUGCUGUUGUUGUAUCUGUUCUGGGUCUGGGCCGGGCCGAUUCCUACCGCUGCUUGGACAGCUCGCCUUGGCGGAAAUGCUGUUGUUGUAUCUGUUCUGGGCUGGGCCGGGCCGAUUCCUACCCGCUGUUUGGACAGCUCGCCUUGGCGGAAAGGCUGUUGUUGUAUCUGUUCUGGGCUGGGCCGUGCCGAUUCCUACCCGCUGCUUGGACAUCUCGCCUUGGCGGAAAUGCUGUUGUUGUAUCUGUUCUGGGCUGGCCGGGCCGAUUCCUACCCGCUGCUUGGACAGCUCGCCUUGGCGGAAAUUUUGUUGUAUCUGUUCUGGGCUUCUGGGCUCAGGCCAGGCCGACCCGCUGCUUGGACAGCUCGCCUUGGCGGAAAUGCUGUUGUUGUAUCUGUUCUGGGCUGGGCCAGGCCGAUUCCUACCCGCUGUUUUGGACAGCUCGCCUUGGCGGAAAUGCUGUUGUUGUAUCUGUUCUGGGUGGGCCGGGCCGAUUCCUACCAGCUGCUUGGACAGCUCGCCUUGGCGGAAAUGCUGUUGUUGUAUCUGUUCUGUUCCACCUCUGGCCUUGGCGGAAAUGCUGUUGUUGUAUCUGUUCUGGGUCCCGAUUCCUACCCGCUGCUUGGACAGCUCGCCUUGGCGGAAAUGCUGUUGUUGUAUCUGUUCUGGGCUGGGCCGGGCCGAUUCCUACCCGCUGCUUGGACAGCUCGCCUUGGCGGAAAUGCUGUUGUUGUAUCUGUUCUGGGACGGGCCAGGCCGAUUCCUACCCGCUGCUUGGACAGCUCGCCUUGGCGGAAAUGCUCUUGUUGUAUCUGUUCUGGGUCAACCAGGCCGAUUCCUACCCGCUGCUUGGACAGCUCGCCUUGGCGGAAAUGCUGUUGUUGUAUCUGUUCUGGGCUGGGCCGCCGAUUCCUACCUCGCUGCUUGGACAGCUCGCGUGCCGAUUGGCGGAAAUGCUGUUGUUGUAUCUGUUCUGGCUGGGCCGGCCGAUUCCUACCCGCUGCUUGGACAGCUCGCCUUGGCGGAAAUGUUGUUGUUGUAUCUGUUCUGGGGACAGCUCGGGCCAGGUUGUUGAUUCCUACCGAUUCCCACCCGCUGCUUGGACAGCUGCUUGGACUGUUCUCUGGGCCGGGCCGAUUCCUACCCGCUGCUGGACAGCUCGCCCUGGCGAAAUGCUGUUGUUGUAUCUGUUCUGGGUCGGGCCGGGCCGAUUCCUACCGCUGCUUGGACAGCUCGCCUUGGCGGAAAUGCUGUUGUUGUAUCUGUUCUGGGCUGGGCCGUGCCGAUUCCUACCUGCUUGGACAGCUCGCCUUUGGCGGAAAUGCUGUUGUUGUAUCUGUUCUGGGCUGGGCCGGGCCGAUUCUACCGCUGCUUGGACAGCUCGCCUUGGCGGAAAUGCUGUUGUUGUUGUUCUGGCUCCAGGCCUUCCUACCCGCUGGCUCGCCUGGCGGAAAUGCUGUUGUUGUAUCUGUUCUGGGCUCCUGCCCGCUGGCCUUGGGGAAAUACUGAUUCCUACCCGCUGCUUGGACAGCUCGCCUUGGCGGAAAUGCUGUUGUUGUAUCUGUUCUGGGCUGGGCUGGGCCGAUUCUACCGCUGCUUGGACAGCUCGCCUUGGCGGAAAUGCUGUUGUUCUGUUCUGGGUCGGGCCGAGGCCGAUUCCCAUUCCUUGGACUCGCCUUGGCGGAAAUGCUGUUGGACAGGGUCGGGCCAGGCCGCCUUGGCGGAAAAAUGCUGUUGUUCUCGCCUUGGCGGAAAUGCUGUUGUUGUAUCUGUUUGGCUGGCCAGGCCGAUUCCUUACCCGCUGCUGGACAGCUCGCCUUGGCGGAAAUGCUGUUGUUGUAUCUUUUCUCUGUCGGGCCAGGCGGAUUCCCACCUGCUGCUUGGACAGCUCGCCUUGGCGGAAAUGCUGUUGUUGUAUCUGUUCUGGGUCGGGCCGGGCCGAUUCCUACCCGCUGCUUUGGACAGCUCGCCUUGGCGGAAAUGGGCUGGGCCCGUUGUUGGACAGCUCGCUCUUGGCGAUAUGCUGUGUUGUAUCUGUUCUGGUCGGGCCGGGCCGAUUCCUACCCGCUGCUUGGACAGCUCGCCUUGGCGGAAAUGCUGUUGUUGUAUCUGUUCUGGGCUGGGCCAGGCCGAUUCCUACCUCGCUGCUUGGACAGCUCGCCUUGGCGGAAAUGCUGUUGUUGUAUCUGUUCUGGGCCGGGCCAGGCCGAUUCCUACCCGCUGCUUGGACAGCUCGCCUUGGCGGAAAUGCUGUUGUUGUAUCUGUUCUGGGCUGGGCCGGGCCGAUUCCUACCCGCUGCUUGGACAGCUCGCCUUGGCGGAAAUGCUGUUGUUGUAUCCGUUCUGGGCUGGGCCGGGCCGAUUCCUACCGCUGCUUGGACAGCUCGCCUUGGCGGAAAUGCUGUUGUUGUAUCUGUUCUGGGCGGGCCAGGCCGAUUCCUACCCGCUGCUUGGACAGCUCGCCUUGGCGGAAAUGCUGUUGUUGUAUCUGUUCUGGGGGCCGGGCCGAUUCCCUACCGCCCGCUUGGACAGCUCGCCUUGGCGGAAAUGCUGUUGUUGUAUCUGUUCUGGGUCGGGCCAGGCCGAUUCCUACCUCGCUGCUUGGACAGCUCUGGGCUGGGCCGGGCCGAUUCCUACCGCCUUGGCGCCUUGGAAAUGUUGUUGUUGUAUCUGUUCUGGGUCUGGGCCGGCCGAUUCCUACCCGCUGCUUGGACAGCUCGCCUUGGCGGAAAUGCUGUUGUUGUAUCUGUUCUGGGCUGGGCCAGGCCGAUUCCCUACCUUCUGGGUCAGGACAGCUCGCCUUGGCGGAAAUGCUGUUGUUGUAUCUGUUCUGGGCUGGGCCAGGCCGAUUCCUACCCGCUGCUUGGACAUCUUGCCUUGGCGGAAAUGCUGUUGUUGUAUCUGUUCUGGGUCGGGCCAGGCCGAUUCCUACCCGCUGCUUGGACAGCUCGCCUUGGCGGAAAUGCCUUGUUGUAUCUGUUCUGGGCUGGGCCGGAUUCCUGCCGCUUGGGACAGCUCGAAAUUCCCUCCGCCCGAUUGGCGGAAAUGUGCUUGUUGUAUCUGUUCUGGGUCAGGCCAGGCCGAUUCCUCCGCUGCUUGGACAGCUCGCCUUGGCGGAAAUGCUGUUGUUGUAUCUGUUCUGGGCUGGGCCGGGCCGAUUCCCUACCCCGCUGCUUGGACAGCUCGCCUUGGCGGAAAUGCUGUUGUUGUAUCUGUUCUGGUCUGGGCCAGGCCGAUUCCUACCCGCUGCUUGGACAGCUCGCCUUGGCGGAAAUGCUGUUGUUGUAUCUGUUCUGGGCUGGGCCAGGCCGAUUCCUACCCCGCUGCUGACAGCUCGCCUUGGCGGAAAUGCUGUUGUUGUAUCUGUUCUGGGCUGGGCCGGGCCGGGCUGCGGACAGCUCCUUGUUGUUGUAUCUGUUCUGCGCCGGGCCGGGCCGAUUCCUGCUUCACCGCCCAGCGGAAAUGCUGCUGGGCUUCCUACCCGGCUUGGACAGCUCGCCUUGGCGGAAAUGCUGUUGUUGUAUCUGUUCUGCGCUGGGCCGGGCGGAUUCCGCUGGCUUGGCUGGGCCUACCCGCUGCUUGAUUCUACCCGCUGCUUUUGGACAGCUCGCCUUGGCGGAAAUGCUGUUGUUGUAUCUGUUCUGGGUCAGGCCAGGCCGAUUCCUUUACCGCUGCUUGGACAGCUCGCCUUGGCGGAAAUGCUGUUGUUGUAUCUGUUCUGGGGCGGGCCAGGCCGAUUCCUACCCGCUGCUUGGACAGCUCGCCUUGGCGGAAAUGCUGUUGUUGUAUCUGUUCUGGGCUGGGCCGGGCCGAUUCCUACCUGCUGCUUGGACAGCUCGCCUUGGCGGAAAUGUUGUUGUUGUAUCUGUUCUGGUCGGGCCAGGCCGAUUCCUACCCGCUUUCUGGACAGCUCGCCUUGGCGGAAAUGCUGUUGUUGUAUCUGUUCUGGGUCGGGCCAGGCCGAUUCCUACCCGCUGCUUGGACAGCUCGCCUUGGCGGGAAAUGCUGUUGUUGUAUCUGUUCUGGGCUGGGCCGGGCCGAUUCCUACCCGCUGCUGCUUGGACAGCUCCUUUGGCGGAAAUGCUGUUGUUGUAUCUGUUCUGGGCUGGGCCGGGCCGAUUCCCCGCUGCUUGGACAGCUCGCCUUGGCUGCUGUUCUGGGCUGGACAGCUCCCGCCUUGGACAGCUCGGAAAUGCUGUUGUUGUAUCUGUUCUGGGCUCGGGCCAGGCCGAUUCCUACCCGCUGCUUGGACAGCUCGCCUUGGCGGAAAUGCUGUUGUUGUAUCUGUUCUGGACACUGGGCGGGCGAUUCCUACCGGGCUGGAUCUUCCUACCCGCUGCUUGACAGCUCGCCUUGGCGGAAAUGCUGUUGUUGUAUCUGUUCUGGGCUGUAUCCGUUCUGGACAGCUAGCCAGGCCGAUUCCUGUUGUUGUAUCUGUUCUGGGCUGGGCCGGGCAGAUUCCCUGCCGCUGCUUGACAGCUCGCCUCGGGAAAUGCUGUUGUUGUAUCUGUUCUGGGUCAGGCCAGGCCGAUUCCUACCCGCUGCUUGGACAGCUCGCCUUGGCGAAAUGCUGUUGUUGUAUCUGUUCUGGUCGGGCCAGGCCGAUUCCUACCCGCUGCUUGGACAGCUCGCCUUGGCGGAAAUGCUGUUGUUGUAUCUACCCAUUCUGGGCUGGGCGGGCCGAUUCCCACCUGCCGAUUCCUACCCGCUGUUCUUGGACAGCUCGCCUUGGCGGAAAUGGCGGAAAUGUUGUUGUAUCUGUUCUGGGUCGGGGCUGGGCCGAUUCCCACCCGCUGCUUGGACAGCUUCGCCUUGGCGGAAAUGCUGGUGUUGUAUCUGUUCUGGGAUGGGCCAGGCCGAUUCCUACCCUUGGACUGCUUGGCGGACAGCUGUUGUUGUAUCUUUUUCUGCUUGGCGGAAAUGCCAGCUCGCUGCUGUUGUAUCUGUUCUGGGUCGGGCCAGGCCGAUUCCUCACCCGCUGCUUGGGACAGCUCGCCUUGGCGGAAAUGCUGUUGUUGUAUCCGUUCUGGGUCGGGCCAGGCCGAUUCCUACCCGCUGCUUGGAUAGCUCGCCUUGGCGGAAAUGCUGUUGUUGUAUCUGUUCUGGGUCGGGCCAGGCCGAUUCCUACCUGCCGCUUGGACAGCUCGCCUUGGCGGAAAUGCUGUUGUUGUAUCUGUUCUGGGUCGGCCAGGCCGAUUCCCCACCCGCUGCUUGGACAGCUCCUUGGCGGAAAUGCUGGUGUUGUAUCUGUUCUGGUCGGCCAGGCUGAUUCCUACCCCGCUGCUUGGACAGCUGUUCUGGCCCGGGCCGAUUCCUUGGCGGAAAUGUUGUUGUUGUAUCUGUUUCUGGGUCCCUACCCGGGCCAGGCCUGUUGUUGUGUCCUGGGCUGGAGCCGGAGCCGACCCUCCCGCUGCUUGGACAGCUCGCCUUGGCGGAAAUGCUGUUGUUGUAUCUGUUCUGGGUCGGGCCAGGCCGAUUCCUACCCGCUGCUUGGACAGCUCGCCUUGGCGGAAAUGCUGUUGUUGUAUUCUGUUCUGGGUCGGGCCGGGCCGAUUCCUACCCGCUGCUUGGACAGCUCGCCUUGGCGGAAAUGCUGUUGUUGUAUCUGUUCUGGGCGGGCCAGGCCGAUUCCACCCGCUGCUUGGACAGCUCGCCUUGGCGGAAAUGCUGUUGUUGUAUCUGUUCUGGGUCAGCCGGGCCGAUUCCCACCCGCUGCUUGGACAGCUCGCCUUGGCGGAAAUGCUGUUGUUGUAUCUGUUCUGGUCGGCCAGCCGAUUCCUCACCCGCUGCUUGGACAGCUUUGCCUUGGCGGAAAUGUUGUUGUAUCUGUUCUGGGCUGGGCCAGGCCGAUUCCUACCCGCUGCUUGGACAGCUCGCCUUGGCGGAAAUGCUGUUGUUGUAUCCGUUCUGGGCUGGCCGGGCCGAUUCCUACCCGCUGCUUGGACAGCCGCCUUGGCGGAAAUGCUGUUGUUGUAUCUGUUCUGGCUGGGCCGGGCCGAUUCCUACCCGCUGCUUGGACAGCUGCCCUGGCGGAAAUUGUUGUUGUUGUAUCGUUCCCACCCGCUGCUGGGCUCGGGCCUGUUGAUUCCUGGGCCCGCCGCUUGGACAGCCUGCCUUGGCGGAAAUGCUGUUGUUGUAUCUGUUCUGGCCGAUUCCCAACCUGCUGCUUGGACAGCUCGCCUUGGCGGAAAUGCUGUUGUUGUAUCUGUUCUGGGCUGGGCCAGGCCGAUUCCUACCCGCUGCUUGACAGCUCGCGCCUUGGCGGAAAUGUUGUUGUUGUAUCUGUUCUGGGCUGGGCCAGGCCGAUUCCUACCCGCUGCUUGGACAGCCUGCCUUGGCGGAAAUGUUGUUGUUGUAUCUGUUCUGGGCUGGGCAGGCCGAUUCCUACCUGCUGCUUGGACAGCUCGCCUUGGCGGAAAUGCUGUUGUUGUAUCUGUUCUGGGCCGGGCAAGGCCGAUUCCUCACCUGCUGCUUGGACAGCUCGCCUUGGCGGAAAUGUUGUUGUUGGGCUGGGCCGGGCUGUUCUGGGCUGGGCCGAUUGUUGCAACCUGUUCUGCGCUGGGCCACAUUCCUAUCUCGCCAGCUCGCCUUGGCGGAAAUGCUGUUGUUGUAUCUGUUCUGGCUGGGCGUGCCGAUUCCUACCCGCUGCUUGGACAGCUCUGCCUUGGCGGAAAUGCAUUUGUUGUAUCUGUUCUGGGACGGGCCGAGCCGAUUCCUACCCGCUGUUUGGACAGCUCGCCUGGCGGGAAAUGCUGUUGUUGUAUCUGUUCUGGGUCGGGCCAGGCCGAUUCCUACCGCUGCUUGGACAGCUCGCCUUUGGCGGAAAUGCUGUUGUUGUAUCUGUUCUGGGUCGGCCAGGCCGAUUCCUCACCUGCUGCUUGGACAGCUGUUGUUAUCUUGGCGGAAAUGUUGUUGUUGGCGAUCUGUUCUGGGGCCGGGCCGAUUCCGAUUCUACCCGCUGCUUGGACAGCUCGCCUGGCGGAAAUGUGUGUUGUAUCUGUUCUGGGCUGGGCCGGGCCGAUUCCUACCCGCUGCUUGGACAGCUCGCCUUGGCGGAAAUGCUGUUGUUGUAUCUGUUCUGGCCGGGCCAGGCGAUUCCUACCCGCUGUUUGGACAGCUCGCCUCGGCGGAAAUGCUGUUGUUGUAUCUGUUCUGGGCUGGGCCGGGCCGAUUCCUACCCGCUGCUUGGACAGCACGCCUUGGCGGAAAUGCUGUUGUUGUAUCUGUUCUGCGCCGGGCCGGGCCGAUUCCUACCCGCUGCUUGGACAGCUCGCCUUGGCGGAAAUGCUGUUGUUGUAUCUGUUCUGGGUGGGCCAGGCCGAUUCCUACCUGCUGCUUGGACAGCUCGCCUUGGCGGAAAUGCUGUUGUUGUAUCUGUUCUGGGUCGGGCCAGGCCGAUUCCUUACCUGCUGCUUGGACAGCUCGCCUUGGCGGAAAUGCUGUUGUUGUAUCUGUCUGGGUCGGGCCAGGCCCGAUUCCUACCUGCUGCUUGGACAGCUCGCCUUUGGCGGAAAUGCUGUUGUUGUAUCUGUUCUGGCUGGGCCGUUGCCGAUCUGUUUGAGGUUGGGCCCUUCCUGCUGCUUGGACAGCUGGCCUUGGCGGAAAUGCUGUUGUUGUAUCUGUUCUGGGCUGGGCCGGGCCGAUUCCUACCGCUGAUUCAGCUACCCGGCUGCUUUGGAUCAGCUAGCCUUGGCAGAAAUGUUGUUGUUGUAUCUGUUCUGGGUCGGCCUGGGCUGGGCCGAUUCCGACCUGCUGUUUGGACAGCUUCGCCCGGCGGAAAUGCUGUUGUUGUAUCUGUUCUGGGUUGGGCCGGGCCGAUUCCUACCCGCUGCUUGGACAGCUCGCCUUGGCGGAAAUGCUGUUGUUGUAUCUGUUCUCUGGGCCGGGCCAGGCCGAUUCCUUUACCUGCUGCUUGGACAGCUCGCCCUUGGCGGAAAUGCUGUUGUUGUAUCUGUUCUGGGUCUGGCCAGGCCGAUUCCUACCUGCUGCUUGGACAGCUGGCCUUGGCGGAAAUGUUGUUGUUGUAUCUGUUCUGCGCUUUGGCCGGGCCGAUUUUCACCGCUGCUUGGACAGCUCGCCUUUGGCGGAAAUGUUGUUGUUGUAUCUGUUCUGGGUUGGGCCAGGCCGAUUCCUACCCGCUGCUUGGACAGCUCGCCUUGGCGGAAAUGCUGUUGUUGUAUCUGUUCUGUCGCCGGGCCAGGCCGAUUUCACCCGCUGCUUGGACAGCUCGCCUUGGCGGAAAUGUUGUUGUAUCUGUUCUGUAUUCCUACCGCUGCUUGGACAGCUCGCCUUGGCGGAAAUGCUGUUGGCCUGUUCUGGGCCGGGCCGAUUCCUACCCGCUGCUUGGACAGCUCUCGCCUUGGCGGAAAUGCUGUUGUUGUAUCUGUUCUGGUCGGGCCAGGCCGAUUCUCACCCGCUGCUUGGACAGCUCGCCUUGGCGGAAAUGCUGUUGUUGUUGUAUCUGUUCUGGGCUGGGCCAGGCGAUUCCCAACCGGGCUUGGAUAGCUCGCCUUGGCGAAAUGUUGUUGUAUCUGUUCUGGUUGGGCCAGGCCGAUUCUUACCGCUGCUUGACAGCCCGCCUUGGCGGAAAUGCUGUUGUUGUAUCUGUUCUGGGUGGGCCAGGCCGAUUCCUACCUGCUGCUUGGACAGCACUCGCCUUGGCGGAAAUGCUGUUGUUGUAUCUGUUCUGGGUCGGGCCGGGCCGAUUCCUACCCGCUGCUUGGACAGCUCGCCUUGGCGGAAAUGCUGUUGUUGUAUCUGUUCUGGGCUGGGCCGGGCCGAUUCCACCCGCCGCUUGGACAGCUCGCCUUGGCGGAAAUGCUGUUGUUGUAUCUGUUCUGGGGCUGGGCCGGGCGGAUUCCUAUCCGCUGCUUGGACAGCUCGCCUUGGCGGAAAUGCUGUUGUUGUAUCUGUUCUGGGUCGGCCACAGGCCGAUUCCUACCCGCUGCUUGGACAGCUCGCCUUGGCGGAAAUGCUGUUGUUGUAUCUGUUCUGGUCGGGCCAGGCCGAUUCCUAAACCGCUGCUUGAUAGCUCGCCUUGGCGGAAAUGCUGUUGUUGUAUCUGUUCUGGGUCGGGCCAGGCCGAUUGUUACCUGCUGCUUGGACAGCUGCCUUGGCGGAAAUGCUGUUGUUGUAUCUGUUCUGGGUCGGCCAGGCCGAUUGUUACCCGCUGCUUGGACAGCUCGCCUUGGCGGAAAUGCUGUUGUUGUAUCUGUUUUGGGUCGGGCCAGGCCGAUUCCUACCGCUGCUUGGACAGCUCGCCUUUGGCGGAAAUGCUGUUGUUGUAUCUGUUCUGGGUCGGGCCAGGCCGAUUCCCUACCCGCCGUUGGACUGCUUGGACAGCCUUGCCUGUUGGGCUGGGCCGGGCCGAUGCUGUUGUUGUAUCUGUUCUGGGCGCUGGGCCGGGCGGAUCCUAUCCGCUGCUUGGACAGCUCGCCUUGGCGGAAAUGCUGUUGUUGUAUCUGUUCUGGUCAACCAGGCGAUUCCUACCCGCUGCUUGGACAGCUCGCCUUGGCGGAAAAUGCUGUUGUUGUAUCUGUUCUGGGUCGGCCAGGCCGAUUCCUAACUGCUGCUUGGAUAGCUCGCCUUGGCGGAAAAAUGCUGUUGUUCUCGCCUUGGCGGAAAAUGCUGUUGUUGUAUCUUUCUGGGUGGGCCAGGCCGAUUCCUACCCGCUGCUUGGACAGCUCGCCUUGGCGGAAAUGCUGUUGUUGUAUCUGUUCUGGGGUUGGGCCGGGCCGAUUCCUACCCGCUGCUUGGACAGCUCGCCUUGGCGGAAAUGCUGUUGUUGUAUCUGUUCUGGGCCGGGCCGGGCCGAUUCCUACCCGCUGCUUGGACAGCUCGCCUGGCGGAAAUGUGUUGUUGUAUCUGUUCUGGGCUGGGCCGGGCCGAUUCCCAACCGCUGCUGGACAGCUCGCCUUGGCGGAAAUGCUGUUGUUGUAUCUGUUCUGGGUCGGGCCAGGCCGAUUCCUACCCGCUGCUUGGACAGCUCGCCUUGGCGGAAAUGCUGUUGUUGUAUCUGUUCUGGGUCGGGCCAGGCCGAUUCCUACCUGCUGCUUGGACAGCUCGCCUUGGCGGAAAUGCUGUUGUUGUAUCUGUUCUGGGUCGGGCCGGGCCGAUUCCACCUGCUGCUUGGACAGCUCGCCUUGGCGGAAAUGUUGUUGUUGUAUCUGUUCUGGGCUGGGCCGGGCCGAUUCCUACCCGCUGCUUGGACAGCUCGCCUUGGCGGAAAUGCUGUUGUUGUAUCUGUUCUGGGCAGGGCCGGGCGAUUCCUACCCGCUGCUUGGACAGCUCGCCUUGGCGGAAAUGCUGUUGUUGUAUCUGUUCUGGGUCGGGCCCGGCUGAUUCCUACCCGCUGCUUGGACAGCUCGCCUUGGCGGAAAUGCUGUUGUUGUAUCUGUUCUGGCUCGGGCCGGGCCGAUUCCUCACCCGCUGCUUGGACAGCUCGCCUUGGCGAAAAUGUUGUUGUUGUAUCUGUUCUGGGUCGGGCCAGGCCGAUUCCUACCCGCUGCUUGACAGCUUGCCUUGGCGGAAAUGCUGUUGUUGUAUCUGUUCUGGUCGGGCCAGGCCGAUUCCUACCCGCUGCUUGGACAGCUCGCCUUGGCGGUAAUGCUGUUGUUGUAUCUUAUUCUGGGCUGGGCCAGGCCGAUUCCUACCCGCUUCUUGGACAGCUUGCCUUGGCAGAAAUGCUGUUGAAAUCUGUUCUGGCUGGGCCGGGCCGAUCCACCCCUGUUUGGACAGGCCAGGCGGAAAUUCCUAUUUGUAUCUGCUGCUUGGAUUCCUACCGCGCACAGCUCGCCUUGGCGGGAAAUGCUGUUGUUGUAUCUGUUCUGGGUGGGCCAGGCCGAUUCCACCCGCUGCUUGGACAGCUGCCUUGGCGGAAAUGCUGUUGUUGUAUCUGUUCUGGUCGGGUAAGGCCGAUUCCCACCUGCUGCUUGGACAGCUCGCCUUGGCGGAAAUGCUGGGCCAGACCAGUUGUUGUUGUAUCUGUUCUGGUCUGGGCCAGGCCGAUUCCUACCCGCUGCUUGGACAGCUCGCCUUGGCGGAAAUGCUGUUGUUGUAUCUGUUCUGGGUCGGGCCAGGCCGAUUCCUACCUGCUGCUUGGACAGCUCGCCUUGGCGGAAAUGCUGUUGUUGUAUCUGUUCUGGGUCGGGCCAGGCCGAUUCCACAACUGCUUGGACAGCUCGCCUUGGCGGAAAUGCUGUUGUAUCUGUUCUGGGUCGGGCAAGGCCGAUUCCUACCCGCUGUUUGGACAGCUCGCCUUGGCGGAAAUGCUGUUGUUGUAUCUGUUCUGGGUCGGGCCGGGCCGAUUCCUACCCGCUGUUUGGACAGCUCGCCUUAUGGAAAUGCUGUUGUUGUAUCUGUUCUGGGCUGGGCCAAUGCCGAUUCCUACCGCUGCUUGGACAGCACGCCUUGGCGGAAAUGCCCGUUGUUGUAUCUGUUCUGGCCGGGUCAGGGCCGAUUCCUACCCGCUGCUUGGACAGCUCGCCUUGGCGGAAAUGCUGUUGUUGUAUCUGUUCUGGGUUGGGCCGGGCCGAUUCCUACCCGCUGCUUGGACAGCUCGCCUUGGCGGAAAUGCUGUUGUUGUAUCUGUUCUGGGCUGGGCCAGGGCUGAUUCCUACCCGCUGCUUGGACAGCUCGCCUUGGCGGAAAUGCUGUUGUUGUAUCUGUUCUGGUCGGGCCAGGCCGAUUCCACCACUUGCUUGGACAGCUCGCCUUGGCGGAAAUGCUUGUUGUAUCUGUUCUGGUCGGGCCAGGCCGAUUCCUAA